AUGGAGGACUUCAAUGAGAGUUUCAACAAUGAAAACCUGCCAGCGGACAUCAACAAAGCCUUCCUGGCAAAACGCAAACGUUUGGAAACGUUCACUAAGUCCUCUGUGAAGACUAGCCAUCAGAAGAUUGAGCAGUUAUGGAGGUUCAAUGCAGUCUUCAGUCAGUGGGACACAGAUGUGCAGAAGUCCAAGGAUAAUGAGGAGAAACUACUGAGUAUGUUCCAGCACCAGCAGAAGAUGUUUCAGCACAAGAGGGCCUCCCAGAGCCAGAGACUGAAGACUCUCAAGCAGCUGCUGGAGCAGUACAUCCAAAGCCUUGAUACGAUGGAGAAGACCCAUGUCAGCCAGCAGGGUGCUGCACAGGGCGAGCUGCGCCAGGAGAUGGCACUGUUUCAGAAAAAGAUUCUCAGUGACACACAACAGCAAGAGAUGGCAAGUCUCUGCAGACGAUGCUGAUGUAGGAUCUUCAGAAUGCCGGGAGCUGAGAAGAAUCAACUCCAUCGAAAUGCUUAUUGUGUGUACAUAUCUUUAAGCUGGGUUGCCUGUUCUACUUUAGUUUAUGGAUGUGUUUCAGAUAGAACUUUACAAUUUCCAGAUAAGUGUUAAACAUCUCAGGAACCACAUCUACCUGAUCCAGUAAUCUGCAAAUAACUGUUUUGAAAUCUUGUGUGUUGUGUAGAUGUAACAUUGCAUUUCUGUUGUGAACUGCUUCAUUCAAAAGAUCAACAUUAUGUCACCUGAGGGUUCCAGACUGAAAGUGUUGAAGUCAAAGAGGGAUGUCAUUCACUUAGAAAUUCUUAUUUCUGUCUUCAUAUUUUGGAGUUCUGCUUUCAUAUGUUUAAUCUACUUAAUUGAUCCCUGAUUGAGAGGGGGGUUAUGGAGAACAUAAGACUUCUCGUUGCUAAAAUGUUGUCAGGAAUUAAGACCGUCUUGUUAUUGUAAAUAUACACUGAGUGUACAAAACAUUAGGGACAACUUCCUAAUAUUGAGUUGCACUCCCUUUUGCCCUCAGAACAGCCUCAAUUAGUCGGGGAAUGGACUCUACAAGGUGUUGAAAGU